AUGUCGUUGGCCAGGGAGAAAUAUCUGAAAAGGAAAAGAGAACUGCUUGGGAACAUAAACAUAAUUGACAAUAACUUAGGAGAAAAGAAGGAACCAAAUUUGGAGAAAAGAAAAACAGAAGGAAAAAAUGAAGAGAAUCCCUAUGAAUGUAGGUAUGAUCAAACGUUAAGGAAAAAUGGAGAGCACCGCAUGGAGGAUGAAUGCAAGAAUCAGGGAAGAAGGGGCCCCGCCGAGGGCAGCAGCUCUGCCGCCUAUAACCAUAUAAGUCAUAGGAAAAGCGACCGGAGGCACCCGGAUGAUCGGGGGCACCACGUCGACCGCUCACACCUCGGCGAACCUACACGACGGGGAAAGAAAGAACCCAUGCUGGACGAAAACCGAAGCAAACCAAUUCUCAGGAGGAAUAAGGAUAAUCCCGUCUGCAGCAAAAGCAACACGCCGGAUAACGCGCAGCAGUGGAGCGUCCGCUCGGAAAAACUAGGGAGAGACUCGUCCAAUGUGAGUCAAAGUGCACAUAGCUUCCGCUCCGUGAAUGAAAACACGUCUAAGCAGGAUGUACAACCUACGAAGCAGAGGGACGAAAAGGGACCCUCCCCCGCGAGUAUCACAUCAUACGAAUUACUAACCAAUUUAAGUAACAUAGAAAUAAACGACAGCGCAACUUUGCUAAUAUACACCUGCAAGUUGUUGCUACAAAUGUGUGGGAAGGAAAAUGAAAAUAAAGUUAAGAUGAACAUGUCCCUCUCGUCGGUCGAAAUAUUGAGAGAAAUAAAAAACAGAAAUAGGAAAAAUCUAAGGUUACUCAAAAUAAACAUUCUAAAUGAGGUACUCACGUAUAUGUCUCUUAACAGCGGAGGAGGGGGGGAUCGAGUUGGUACAAAUCCAAGUGAGCCGAGUCUGGGAAAACAUAAAGAAAUAAAGAUAGAGGAGGCCUGCAUUGAUAUAGAAAACGUGGGCAUCAGCAUCAUAAUAAAAGUUAUCUACAUAAAGAAUGUGAAGAAUUUACUCACAAAGUGUUUGUUUCAACAGGGUAAGGGUGGCGCACGGGGGGGAGAUGGAAUAGGUGUAAGAAAAGGUACAAAGAGCAGUGACAGGGGAAGUAGCGAGGAUCAAAAAGGGGCGCGCGUGCUCGUAGGAGGUAUGCAAAUACCGUCUGAGUAUCGAACCACCGGGGGGACAGACGGCAGUGGGAGUAACACGUACAACUCGCUUCUGCAAGAAAAUGAAAAAAAAAAAAAAAAAAUUCUUAACCAAGAUUAUGCCAUGGAGUAUGAAGCAAAAUAUGGAGAAGGUACCCAAGGCGGAAACAAAUAUAGUCAGAGUGACGAUGCCAAACAUGUUAACAACAGUAGUGGGAGCAACAAAAUAAGCUAUCUAGAAAAUUUACUAAACGAACCAACGGCGAAGGAAAAGAAAAUAAAACAGGAGAAGACCAACAUCCUAUCCAUAAUCGAAGCACCAACGGUGAUAGAAGAAAUGCGAAUAAAAAAGUUUCAAAAAAAAGACGACUUUGUAAAAAUUAUAUGUCCAUAUUUGACGAAAAAGGCUUGCCAAAAGCACAACAAAGAAUGCAAUAAAGUUCAUUUUAAAAAAAUUAUAUCCGAGCAUACAGACGUGUCAUUAGGAGAUUGCUCCUAUCUAGACACCUGCAGGCACAUCGAAACGUGCAAGUUUGUUCAUUACGCGGUGGAUAAAGACGACCAGGUAGUAGGUAGGAAUCAAGAAUGUGUGACCGAGAAGAAGGUCGACAUCUUUAGCAUGACGGAUAAUACGUACGGACCGCAGUGGAUACGAUGCGAUUUAAGAAACUUCGAUUUGAGUAUCUUUAACCAGUACGUUAGUGUCGUGAUGGCAGAUCCUCCGUGGGACAUCCAUAUGGAUUUACCCUACGGGACGAUGACAGAUAAUGAAAUGAAACUGUUACCUGUCCAGCUAAUACAAGAUGAAGGCAUGAUCUUUUUGUGGGUCACCGGUAGGGCAAUGGAACUGGCAAGGGAAUGCCUACAAAUAUGGGGUUACAAAAGGGUGGAAGAAAUUUUAUGGGUUAAAACAAAUCAUUUGCAAAGAAUUAUAAGAACUGGUAGAACUGGCCACUGGCUGAAUCACUCCAAGGAGCAUUGCCUAGUUGGCAUCAAAGGAAACCCCAUUGUUAACAGAAAUAUCGACUGCAAUGUGAUCGUGUCGGAGGUGAGAGAAACAUCUAGGAAGCCCGACGAAAUUUACUCCCUAAUAGAGCGCAUGUGUCCGCAGAAUUUAAAAAUCGAGCUUUUCGGGCGGCCCCACAAUAUCAGGAGCAACUGGAUCACUCUGGGGAACCAGCUGAACGGCGUCGUUUUGUACCACCCCCAGAUUAAGGAGAGGUAUAACAAUAUAGCCGCGCAGUUCAACAUGCCGCUCUGCGGGGAGUAG